GCAGACGGUGCUGGCCGCGGGCUGCGAGCAGGCGGGCUGGCGGAGCGCCUUGGGGCGCAGUGCGGGGCACCCGCGAGCCCAGGGCGAGGUGUCCAACGAACAGACGGCGCCCCUGGGAGCCUUGCCGACCGGCAGGACUACAGAAUGGUACCCCUAAAUGGAGAGAGAUUACAGGGCUGAUCAGAGAGGAUGAGAAACAAGGAAGGCUUCUGAAGGAGCUCUGGGCCUUCCCAGCUCCCAAAGUCAAUAUUGAGACCCCAGAUGUGUCCAGGGACAUCCUGAAGACAUGUCAGGACAUCCUGAGGGGCUGAGGAGCCUUAGGGCACCCACAGGGAGAUUCCUGGAGCUGACUAGGAGCCAGUGAAUUUGCUGUUGUUUGGUGAGUCUUCCAGAUGGAGGUGGCCCUCCGUCUGCCUUGUCAGUUCAAACCCCCAUGCAAGGCUAUCGAAGAAAACUGGUGACAGUGACUGCCCUGGGAAAGAAACCUGGGCCAUUGGGAACAGAGAGACUGCAUUUUCAUUAGCAUCCUCCGAUUCUUCCCCCACCUGAAUCCCUGUUGCUAUGGAGACCACCAAUGGGACUGAGACCUGGUAUGAGAGCCUGCACACUGUGUUGAAGGCUCUAAAUGCUACUCUUCACAGCAACUUGCUGUGCCGGCCAGGGUCAGACAACCUGACUGAGGAGAGGCGGGCCAGCCUACCUGGCCGCGAUGACAACUCCUACAUGUACAUUCUCUUCGUCAUGUUCCUAUUUGCUGCCACUGUGGGCAGCCUCAUCCUUGGAUACACCCGCUCCCGCAAAGUGGAUAAGCGCAGUGACCCCUAUCAUGUAUACAUCAAGAACCGUGUGUCUAUGCUCUAAUGCUAAGAGGCCGGGGAUGGCAGAAGAUCAAGAUUCCUGAGGAUUAUCUUGUGGGGCCUCCAGAACUCAGCUAUGUGUUACAUCAGGCCUCAGUGUUCUAAUCUGUAAGAUCAACAAGAAACAGUACUAAGGGAGGUCAUCAUUGGGGAAGGAGGAGAGGAUCUAGCAGACCUAGGCCUUGUGGAUAAGGAUUUUUUCCAGCAAAGAUAGACGUUAUAGACGGUAGGAGCCCUUUGAACAAAUAUAUAAAAGUGGCAGGAAUUCCCUGGUGGUCCAGUGGUUAGGACUCUGUGCUCUCACUGCCAAGGGCCUGGGUUCAAUCCCUGGUCGGGGAAC